AUGGAUGAUACACUGGCUUCUCCAGGAAACAAAAUGGGUGAUUCAGCGUCUGAGAGUGAUUCAAGUUCUCUUGAUGGCGGAGCUAUGCUUCCUCCCAGCACUGUUUCGCGAGAUCAGUUGCAAAAAAGGAUUGAAUCACUUCAACAACAAAACAGAGUCUUAAAAGUGGAGCUUGAUACCUAUAAAUUAAGAGUCAAGGCAUUACAAGAGGAAAAUCGGGCAUUGCGACAAGCUUCAGUUUCAAUUCAAGCAAAAGCAGAACAAGAGGAAGAGUAUAUUUCAAAUACACUGUUGAAAAAAAUUCAAGCUCUAAAGAAAGAAAAGGAAACACUUGCGCAUCAUUAUGAAAGAGAGGAGGAGUGCUUAACUAAUGAUCUUUCCCGUAAAUUGAACCAAUUACGUCAAGAAAAAUGUCGCUUGGAACAGACUUUAGAACAGGAACAAGAAUGUUUGGUGAAUAAAUUAAUGCGUAAGAUUGAAAAAUUAGAAGCAGAAACUCUUGCAAAGCAAACUAAUUUAGAAAGACUUCGUAGGGAGAAGGUAGAAUUAGAAAAUACUUUAGAACAAGAGCAGGAGGCAUUGGUAAAUAGACUUUGGAAAAGAAUGGAUAAAUUGGAAGCAGAGAAACGUUCUCUUCAAAUAAGACUCGACCAGCCUGUCUCCGAUCCUGCCAGUCCUAGGGACAUCAGCAAUGGUGAUACGGCGUCUAACUUAAGUAACCACAUACAAACACUGCGUUCAGAGGUUGUUAAAUUAAGGAAUCAGUUGGCGGUUUCGCAAAACGAAAACAAAGAGAAGAUACAACGCUUUGCAUUAGAAGAAAAGCAUAUUCGAGAAGAAAAUCUUCGCUUGCAUCGAAAAUUACAACAAGAGGUGGAGCGUCGUGAAGCUUUAUGCCGGCAUUUAUCAGAAAGUGAAUCGUCUCUAGAAAUGGAGGAGGAGAGACAGUUCAAUGAGGCAUUGAGUGCGCGGUCCCGCAGCGUGUCGUCGCCGGGCGGCUCGCGGCCGCUGUCGCCGUACGCCGCGCCCGCCGGCUUGCCGCGCCCCGCGCUGCACUUCAACGCGCAGCAGGCACGACGGGCGAGCGAGCGCUUCGUGAAGCCGGCGGUGCCGGGCGCGGCCGCGCUGCUGCCGCGCGCGCCCGCGCCCCCCGCCGCCGCCGCCGCGCCCGCGCCCGCCAGCCCCAUGGACACCGAGACCAGGGAC